AUGAUAACUACACCUACAUCUAUUUUUUACAAAUUGGUUCACACUAAUGAAAAACAUCACACUGCUGAAAAUAUUGCUAAAGGGAUUAAUGAUAUAAUACAAGAAACUGAAACAUCAGCUUUUGAAUAUCUUAAUCAUGUUUUGCAAGCUCGACCUGCAUUAUAUUCUAUUUUAACUGAAGAUAUUAAAAUAAAUGAUGAUAUCAAAGCAACAAUUUUGGAUU